GACACACCGGCAGCUUGCGAGCUGCGUUGCCAUGGUGCUGUACAGUUGGGCUUUGUUCUGAGCCAUUCCGGAAAGAUCACGCGGGUGGCUACAGGGACAUGGGCCGCCGAAAAUGGUUUGGAAGCUGGCGACGAGGUUUUGGCUAUUGAUGGUCGUUCCUGGGACGACGUUGCGAAAACGGCGACCCUUGAAGAUUUGUCAAAUCUCCGGGGACCCAGACGGUUGGUCGUGCGAGCAUGGGCAACAGCAGUGGAUUUACAGGAAGCAGUGCGUCGAUCAGUGGCACCAUCAUUGGCCAAAACACAUGCUCAAUUCAGGGAGGCACUGCAAGAUGAGCGUCGGCGUUUUGCUUUCCGUGAGGCGCUUCAGGCCCAGUUGGCUCACUGGCGUCCCAGAGACACAUGGCCGUUCCCGGCUCUUCCAAAGGAUGCAGUCGACACGGCCGCAGAAGUUGGUGAACUCGUGGGUUUCGGCACGCACGCGCUGCCUCGAGUGACCAAGCUGGAGACCGCUGCACGCAGGAUCCAAGCACGGUACCGCUGGAUGAAGCUUUGGCGGCAGCUGGACACGGCACGUGAGCGUGAGGCAGCUGCAACGAAGAUCCAGGCCAUGCAACGUGGCCGGCAAGCACGUCGAGGUCUUGCCGCACAGUUCGCAGCUUCAGCCGGCGGAAUGGAGAUCUUCGAAUCUGACAGCGAUCCAAAGGAGCAUCUCGAGAGUGAAGCAGGGAGCAGUGAACGCGAAGCUGAAACUGGCAGACCGGCAACGGCACCGAGUGCACGGAGCAAAGCGGCAGAGCCAGCAGUGCAGAUCCAGAAAACCUCGGACCAUGUGGCUUCGCGCGUGACGGUGGGCGCAGACACUGGCCUGGACGACAGUGAAGUGAGCCGCAGUCAUGACUUCUUCGGACAGAGCACAGUGCUGCAACCGCAGCCCGAAAAGCCCAAGCAGAAGGAGCGGCCAGCCAGGAUUAGAGUUCAGAAGUACCCGACCUCGGGCAGCUUGUCUCCGCCGACCCCUCCGCAGCCGCUGAGCGUGGCUUUGACGGCCAUGUCUCUUGAUGGACCGUCGGCCUCGGGCACAGACCCGGCGCUGGUGGCCGCAGCCAUCCGGCUUCAGGCGGCAGAGCGGGGGCGCCAGGCCCGCAAGCGGGCAAGGAAGAUGGCCGCGGAGUUCCUGGAGCCAGCUCCAGCCGUGCUGGAGCCAAAGCUGCUGGCAACGAAGGAAAGCGACGCUCCUGCAGACGAGGAGAACGAAUCGUUGGCCUCCGUGGCCAAUCAGCUGGGGCUUGUUGGCGAUCCACCGAAGUCGGACAUAGCCACUUUUGACCAUGACGAGCCAAAGGAUUUGCACAAGGCAGAGCCCCUGCAGUCCGGUGAGACUCUCGGCUUCGUGGCAAGUCCGCAGGCCUUCUCGCUCCAGCCAGACGUCUCCCCAAAGAGUUCGGAUACGAAGGAUGACAAGACGACGGAGCCGACGGUCGGCUUCUUCAAUGCAGCACCGGAGGCUGCUAAAGCUGCGGUCUCCGCCGUGGCCGAUCCGCUCGGACUCUCCGAGCAGUUGCUGCUCCGGCCGGAGACGGACACGUCCAGACCAAAGCCGGAGGCUACCACCGGCAGCGGGGUGAAGGCAGAACCCAAUGUGGGAUUCUUCGGUGCUGCGCCUGAGUCCACAAGAGCAAUGGUCUCGACAUCUUCUGAUCCGUUGGGGCUCUCCGAGAACUUGGAGCUCCAACCGCAGCGUGGCUUCCGACUGCCGACGAUGGAAUCCAAUGAAAAGAAGCUGAAGGCAAGAGAGACAAACAAAGCCCGGGACAAGGACAAGGAAAGAGAGAAAGACAAAGACAAGAGCACUGACAAGGUGAAGGUUGAGCCUCUCGGCUUCUUCGGUACGGCGCCCGACGCCACGAAAGCCGCGGCCUCGUCCGAUCCGCUGGGCCUGUCGGAGAACUUGGAGCUCCAGCCGCAGCGCGGCUUCCGGCUCCCGGCGAAGGCAAAAGAAAAGGAUGGGAAGGAUGCGAAGGAGCCGAAGGAGAAGGACAAGGACACCAAGAAGAAGAAAAAGAAGAAGAAAAAAGAAGACGAGUCUGAGCUGGAUAUCCUGGGCUUCUCGCUCUAUUGA